AGGAACUUCCUUAUAGAGACAACUCUGACGAUCCGAGCUGUUGUUGUUUCUUUGCGCUGCACCGAAGACUUGCAAAUAACAGCAAGACAGCUAGUUAUUCAACUAGCCACUGCAAUAAAAACAAGCAAUUCCGUUUCAUAACGGACUGAAUUUGUACCUGUCAGACGGGCAGGCCGUUUCAAUGCAUUUCAGAGAUCUGAAAUUACUGUGGAGAUGGACGCUUACGAUUUGUUUACAAGCUGCAGGAAGGGCGACGUUUCUAGAGUGAGGUACCUGGUUGAGCAGAGAGAUGUGGAGCUUAACGUUAGAGACAAAUGGGACAGUACCCCUCUGUAUUACGCCUGUCUAUGUGGGCACGAGGACCUGGUGCAGUACCUGCUGGCCAAUGGAGCGAAGUGUGAGGUGAACACGUUCGACGGGGAGCGCUGUCUCUACGGCGCCCUCAGCGACCAGAUCCGCCGGCUGCUGAAGGAGUACAAGCGAAUCACGGCCAAGGCCAUGCAGCGCGACUAUUACGACCACUUCCUGCAGAGUUUGCUGGAGCAGGGCGUGUUCAGUGACGUGGUGUUCCUGGUGCACGGGGAGUCCUUCAGCACGCACCGCUGCAUCCUCAGCGCCCGCUCAGAGUACUUCAGCGACAUGUUCCAGACCAAGUGGAAGGGCAAGAGCAUCAUCGCACUCAAACACCCACUAAUAAACCCAGCUGCUUUUGGUGCCAUCCUGCAGUAUUUAUACACAGGCAGGUGUGACAUUGAUUUGAGCUACGUGGAGGACUGCAGGAGGCUGGCCAAGCAGUGCAAGCUGAGCGACCUCAUCGAGGAGCUGGAAACCAAGAGCAAGCAGGCGCACGAGUUCGUGACCUCCAAACCGGGGACGUGUGUGAAGGUCCUCACUUUGGAGCCGCAGAGCAACCGGCAGGUCCAGGAGGAGAUGGCCAUCCUGGCGGACUGCAGCCUCCCCGCUGAGCUCCGGGUGGGCUUCGGUGAACUCCCCUUUGACAGAACUGACAACUUCCCCAGUUACCCUGACAUCUGCUUCCGGGUCGAAGGUUAUAAGUUCCUGUGUCAUAAGGUCUUCUUCUGCGGGCGCAGUGACUAUUUCCGGGCGCUGCUGGAGGACCAUUUCAGCGAGGGGGAGACCCUGCAGUCCCAGCCCUGCACCCCCGUCCUGACACUGCACAACCUGCCCUACGACAUCUUCAUCCGUGUGCUCUACUACAUCUACAGCGACGACACCGAGCUGUCGGAGGAGAACGUGCAGGACGUCCUGUACGUGGCGGACAUGUACCUGCUCCCUGGGCUGAAGCGCCUGUGUGGGAAGGCCCUGGCGCUGACGCUGUGCGAGGAGAACGUGCUGCUGCUGUGGAGGACCGCGCGGCUGUACCGCCUGUCCCGCCUGGAGGACCAGUGCACCGAGCUGAUGGCCCGCAUCAUCGACAGGCUGGUGGAGCAGCCGGAGUUUGCGCAGGUGGUCCAGGAGGACGCGCAGGCGGUGGAGGACAGGCAGGAGACGGACUCCAUCCCGCUGGUGGACGACAUCCGCUUCCACAUCACCAGCAACGUGCAGACCUACAGCGCCAUCGAGGAGGCACAGCAGCGCCUGGACAUGCUGGAGCAGCUCCUCAUCAGCAUCGGCCUGGAGUGCUGAGGGAGAGAGAGAGACACGGGGAGGAAGAGCGGAGAGGAGAGAGAGCGAGAGAUG